AGAGAGAAGACACGAGCCGAGGGGCAGAGAGGAGCAGAGGAGCAGAGAGGAGAGGAGCAGAGAAGACACGAGCCCAGGAGCAGAGAGGAGCAGAGGAGCAGAGAGGAGAGGAGCAGAGAAGACACGAGCCGAGGAGCAGAGAGGAGCAGAGGAGCAGAGAGGAGAGGAGCAGAGAAGACACGAGCCGAGGAGCAGAGAGGAGCAGAGAGGAGCAGAGGAGCAGAGAAGACACGAGCCGAGGAGCAGAGGAGCAGAGAGGAGGAGCAGAGGAGCAGAGAAGAGCAGAGAGGAGCAGAGAAGAGCACAGAGGAGCAGACAGGAGGAGCAGAGGAGCAGAGAGGAGCAGAGGAGCAGAGAGGAGCGGAGCAGAGAAGACACGAGCCCAGGAGCAGAGAGGAGAGGAGCAGAGAAGAGAGGAGCAGAGAAGACAGGAGCAGAGAGGAGGAGCAGAGAGGAGCAGAGCAGACAGGAGGAGCAGAGAGGAGCAGAGCAGACAGGAGGAGCAGAGGAGCAGAGCAGACAAGAGGAGCAGAGCAGAGAGGAGGAGCAGAGAGGAGCAGAGCAGACAGGAGGAGCAGAGGAGCAGAGCAGACACGAGCCCAGGAGCAGAGGAGCAGAGGAGCAGAGAGGAGAGGAGCAGAGAGGAGCAGACAGGAGGAGCAGAGGAGCAGACAGGAGGAGCAGACUCUGGAUGUGUCUUCUGAGUCUUUCACUCUCAGGUUCUGCUGAAGAGGAGGUGUGACAUGGAGCUGGAGAUGGAGAGGAGUCAAAAUGGAGGCUCUAAACGGAGUGGAGGAUCAGAUGCUCAGAAACGAGGAGCCACCGUCAGUUUCCACAACAUCCACUACAAAGUUCAGCAGAGAGGAGUCUUCAGCUGCAAGAAGAGCCACAAGGACAUACUCAUAGACCUCAAUGGGAUCAUGAAGCCUGGUCUGAACGCCAUCAUGGGAGCCACAGGCAGCGGGAAAUCCUCGUUCCUGGACGUGUUGGCGGCCCGUAAAGACCCGUCCGGUCUCAGUGGAGAGGUUCUGAUCGAUGGAGCUCCUCAGCCUCCAAACUUCAAGUGUCUGUCAGGAUAUGUGGUCCAGGAUGAUGUUGUGAUGGGGACUCUGACCGUCCGGGAGAACUUCAGCUUCUCUGCAGCUCUGCGUCUGCCCUCCACCAUCUCCCAGGACAGCAAGGACCAGAGGGUGGAGAGGCUUAUCCAAGAGCUCGGCCUGGGCAAGGUUGCCGACUCCAGGGUGGGCACUCAGCUGAUCAGGGGCAUCUCUGGGGGGGAGAGGAAGAGGACAAACAUUGGGAUGGAGCUCAUCAUUGACCCGUCCGUUUUGUUUCUGGACGAGCCGACCACAGGCCUGGACGCCUCCACCGCCGGAUCUGUGCUGCUGCUGCUCAAGAAAAUGGCGGACGCCGGACGCACCAUCAUCCUGUCCAUCCACCAGCCUCGAUACGGAAUCUACCGUCUGUUUGACAACCUCACACUGCUCGUCAACGGGAAACAGGUGUACCACGGUCCAGCUCAAGAGGCUCUGGACUAUUUCUCUGACAUUGGGUACACCUGUGAACCCCAUAAUAACCCUGCAGACUUCUUCCUGGAUGUGAUCAACGGGGACUCGACGGCCGUGGCUCUGAGCGGCGCCGACAAUGCAGAGUCGCUGACGUCCACUCAGGCCAUCGAGGAGAAGCUGGUGCAGGAGUACAGGACCUGCAGCUACUACAAACACACCAAAGCAGAACUCGAGCGUAUUGUGGCGGGUAAACAGUCGGCUCCGUCCUCUCGCUCCAGGACCAUCACAUAUAACACUGGGUUCUUCACACAGUUCAGAUGGGUCCUCAAGAGAACCUUCAGGAACCUGGUGCUCAACCCCCAGACCUCCGUCGCACAGGUGGUGGUCACGUUGUUCCUGGCGCUCGUGGUCGGCGCCCUCUUCUUCGGCGUCAAGAACGAUCAGAGCGGGAUUCAGAACAGAUUUGGAGCGCUGUUCUUCAUCACAGUGAAUCAGUGUUUCAGCUCUGUGUCGUCGGCAGAACUCUUCAUCACGGAGAGGAAACUCUUCAUACACGAGUACAUCAGCGGGUACUACAGAGUCUCCGUCUACUUCCUGUCUAAGAUCCUGUCUGACAUCAUCACGCUGAGGACCAUCCCCGCCAUCGUCUUCUCCUGCGUCGCCUACUUCAUGAUCGGUCUGAAGCCCACUGUGGAGGCGUUCUUCGUCUUCGCUCUGACCGUGGCGUUGGUGGCGUACACGGCAACGGGGAUGACCAUGGCCAUCUCGGCCGAUCAGUCGGUGGUCGCCAUCGCCAACAUCUUCAUCACCAUCUCCUUUGUCUUCAUGAUGAUCUUCACAGGUUUACUGGUGAACCUUCCGUCCAUCGUGAGCUGGUUGUCCUGGCUCAAGUAUCUGAGUAUCCCCCGAUACGGGUUUGGGGCGCUGCAGAUAAAUGAGUUUGUGGGGCUGGAGUUCUGUCAAACCCUGAACGGCACCACGUUUUGCCGCUCAGGGGAGGACGUCCUGGCGGAGCAGGGCGUGGACCCGUCGCCGUGGGGACUGUGGCAGAAUCACGUGGCUCUGGGCGUCAUGACGAUCUUGUUCCUGAGCAUCGCCUACGUCAAACUGAGAUUCAUCCGGAAAUUCACCUAAAACUAAAACAUGUUUAAACACAUCCGUUUGUUCAAAUUUGUUUUGUCAAAUGUUUUGUCUUUUUUCUGUGAAACUAACUCAGCCUUUUGUCUCCAAAAUGUACCAGUGCUGCACUUUAAAACCAAAGUAAUUACUGCACUAACUAACUUUUAUUUUUCAAAACUGAUUUAAUAAAAUAAACUUAAACCUG